AUUUACCGGCUUGUCUGGUGCCAGUUAGUAUUUUAGGCCUGCAUCGGCCGCACGUUUUGUCAUACCGAGUUCAAGUGUCGAACGGUUCAUUACAAUCUUAGUGAAUACAACAAUAUUGUCGAGAUGUUGGCGAUCACUUUCGUUUUUAUUGUCAGCGCUAGUCUACAACAAACAUAUGCAGCGAGCGCUAAGCAUCCUAUGGAAGCAUCCUCGAUUCAAUAUCCAGAACCAAUAGACAAAGAAACGGAACAUAUCCCUGAUUCGUGCAAGGAUCUCACGUAUUGUACAGUGAAACCAAAAGAUUACCCAGAAGAAAAAUUUAACGACAUGUUCAAGGAUUACAAAGUGGUGCCUCAACCAUCAAUGGUAGUUGAACUUAACAACCGUCAAGGCGGGCCCGAUAGUGCUGACAAUUGCGAGAGUAUAGUGACCUACGAACCCCUCUACAAAGUAAGACCGAAGAGAGAUGAACCUUGGCGCACAGUGAUCCAAGUUCCUGGUAAAGACAUCAUUCAACGAGUACGUCUCGAGACAUGCACAACUCCUAACGCACCGUGUUUUAAGGAACUUUCACCGUUGCCAGAAUUUGUUACAUUCUGCAGACAAAAGAUCAAUGUAUGGGAAGUUAUGGUCGCCAAGGGAGACAAUGAAACAGAGAUGAUCAAAGCAGAACUUCCAGUGUGUUGCUCUUGUCACUAUAGAGAACUAGAUUUCAAAGUCAGAUUCGGCAAACCUAAGAAGUAAAAUGGGACGAAUUAAUCAGGGUUAAAUUGUAUCCAUUCUAGAAGGAUUCUGAAGAGGC